AAAUCCCAACGAGUCUCAGACGGAUGCAACCUCCGACAAUUGGCACUUGGCAGCUGGGUUGCAAAAUAACUUCUACCCUGUCCAACUACUAGAAAGUACCCAAUCAAAACACAUAGUUAUAGUUAUAGUUACAGUUACAGAUACAGUUACACAACCCUAGCUAGGGGAGAGACCCACCACUCUAUCAUACUUUCUUUUAUAUAUAAACCUUAGAUGGGGGAAGAUUUCUUCGCGUCUCUCUUUAGGCAGAUUAUAAUAGCAAAUCAUUAAAAUCCUAACCUUACUUCUCUUUAUUGAGCAAAUUCAAUUUUCUUUAUUAUGGCCAUUGAACUACACAACAGAGAUUCAUCAUUGCUUCCACCUCCUCAGUCUCAGUUUUUCACUGAUGAUAUUCUCUCAGGGAACAACAACAAACACCUUAACCUAACCUGGUCUUCUUGCUUUAGUUCCUCUGAUUUUGGUUCUGCUCUGAGCUCACCUGUUGAGUCAGAACUUGGUUCAAGUCAGUCGGAGAGUGACCAAGACGACGAUUACAUUUCUGAGUUGACUCGCCAAAUGUCUCACUACACGCUCCAAGAUGAUGAGAGCAGACAUGAAAAUGAGGAAUGGAGUUUGGCCGGUUCGCCUCAAUCAACGAAACGGUUUCGGCUCGGGGCGAGCCAAGAAGAGGUAAACAUGAUAGGGAAGUUUGAGAACUUGAAGAUAAACAGAGAAAAGCUCGGGUAUAACGAUAGUGAAAGAUUUGUAAGCACCUCUCUUGAACCCGCUUCGGCACCUUCAGCCAUGAGGAAACCCAGAAACCGGAAUAUUGAGAUUGGUUCUAAGCAAGCUCUAAUUGAUUACCAAAUACGGGCUAUUCAAUUCUAUAAGCUUAAGCAAGAGCAGAUUAUGAAGCAAAAGCAGGAGUCUCUGUAUUGGAGAAAGCAAGUCAAAGGGUUGAAUCACCUUGAGCUUGAUAAACAACAAGCCAGAAAAUUUCAUCAAAGCAAAGGGAGAACUUGUGGUGGAUUUGGUAAUGGACAAAAAGGUUCAUGGGCUAAUCUGCAACAGCAACAGAGAACCGGUUCAGAGAUGACAGCAUUUUUCCUUGGGGAGUCCGGUUCAAGAAGUGGUUCUUGUGGGACAGGGGUAUUCUUGCCCAGAGGAAUUGGUAAUACUUGCGAGUCAAGCAAGAAACAAGGCUGUUCCACCGUUCUUAUACCAGCAAGAGUGGUUCAAGCCCUAAAACUUCACUUCGACAAAAUGGGCACUGAAUCAAUAUCCAAUAAGCCCACUUUCCCUGUUCAACAUGAUGCUUCAAUGGGUGAUGUGAUGUAUGGCCUGCAAUUCCAGAACAAUAGCCAUUCCCGGACGGUGCCGGCAGAGAACCAAGAGAUGGGUCUGCCUCAGGAAUGGACAUAUUGAGAUGGAGCAACGCACAUGACGUGUUCCUCACUUCUAAUCUCUCUCACAUUAAUGGUGUUUUGGAUGUUUUUGGUAAAGAAAACAGUUGCAGACACAAUAAAGAAGGGAAAAGGACAGACAUUGGUCAAGAACUAGGGAAACUACAUAGAAUAGGACAAAAAUAAGGCUCAAUGGAUGAACAGAAUGCUCUAUUAUAUAUAAUAAGGGCAAGAUUUAGAUGGAGGGAGAAAAUAAUGUUGUCUUAAGAGACAGAAGCAGCUCUGUUCCUUGUUCUGGCUUCUGCUGGGUGGAUAGAUAUAAAUAUAUAUUAGUAAUAAUUUUAUGUGAGGAUGUCUUUUUAUAUAAUCCUUGUAAUAAUUCAGCUGUCAGCAAAGGAGAUUGCUUGUGCUUGUA